AUGUCGCUAACAACCGUGUAUGCGGGCAUCUAAAGGCGCUUUCUUUUUGCAUUAUGCCGUGGAUUACGACUUGGUUGGACUUUAAGCUGCGGUCACGGUGCAUUGUACGUCGACACACGUGUUCAAGAAGCCUCUGAAUCGGAAUCUGGCGCAUAAAAGCAGAGCCAUUCUAAUGUCGUGUUCAAUACGCCUCUAGCAUUCAAUCUACCAUGGAUUUACUUCGCAAUAGACGCAAACAAGCAGCCUCGACGGAACCCUCAAUCGAGCCCUCUCUUGAUGUUACGUCUCUCCCUUCCAUCUCUGGUUCCGUGAGCCCUCCAGAGCCAUGGGAGGAAGUAGACAUAUCAUCCACCGACUAUGCCCGCAGGCGCAGGGAACUUAUGGAAAUGAUGGCUGACCUCCGAUCCAUGGGUGCCGACGCGUUGAUUGCCUUACCAUCCGUAGUCGUAAUUGGUGGCCAAUCCGCGGGCAAAAGCUCACUCGUCGAGGCCGUCAGUGGGAUCAACGUCCCAAAAGAUAGCGGAACGUGUACAAGAUGCCCUAUGGAAUGUAACAUGUCUAGUCAUGCCAAAUCGUGGUCCUGCACCAUCACUCUACGUAUCGGUUUCGAUAGUAACGGCCUAGACCUUCAAAAGCCUACUAAUGUGCGAUUUGGCCCAACGAUCACUGACAGAAGUGAAUUCGAAGUUUGGCUGCGUCGUGCUCAGGCAGCCAUUUUGAACCCGAAUGUUGCUUCUUCGACUUUCCACGCAAAGACCGUCGAGGAACUCAAGAACAUAAAAAACACAUUGAAGUUUUCCCGCAACGUAGUAUGCGUCUCGAUUGAAGAUCCCGACGCAACUGACCUGUCAUUCUAUGAUCUACCUGGCCUAAUACAAAACGAAGAACCCGAAGCUGUCGCAUUGGUGAAAAAUUUGGCAGAACAUUACAUCGAGAAAAAAAAUACUAUCAUAUUGACUACAAUUCCCAUGAGCGAUGAUAUGGAGAAUCAACAAUCUAUGAGUCUCGCCAGGGCCGCUGACCCCAAUGGAAAGCGAACAAUCGGCGUACUUACGAAGCCUGACACGCUUGGUACUGGAGCUAUCAACCAGCGCCGCAAAUGGGUAGAAAUCAUCGAAGGUCGUUCGGAGGAGCACACACUGACGCACGGUUUUUACUGUGUGCGUCUUCCUGAUGAUUCCGAACGUGCACAGCGCCUAUCUCGUGCUGAAUCGCAAAGGCGUGCUGCUGAAUAUUUUGACACAACGUCGCCCUGGAAGGACGUAACCGAGCGUCAUAGGUUCGGCAUUCCAGGCUUUGUCUCCGAUAUAAGCCGACUGCUCAUUCAAUUGAUCGAGGAAACUUUACCGUGUCUCAGAGAAGAUGUCGACACGCUCCUCGCGAAAUGUACCAAGGACUUCGAUGAACUGCCCCCACCACUUGAAAACGACCCACAAAUCGAAGUUUUAGGACGGGUUAAUACGUUCUGCGAUGACUUCAAGAGCUUUGUGAAUGGCAGUCACGAAGACAAAAGUCUUGCGCAGCGGAAUCGUGCUCUAUAUGCUAUUUUCAAGAGGGAUAUACGCGGCACUGCCCCUGACUUUAGGCCUUUCAAUGACCCGGAACACUAUGUUCCACUGGAUGAUACUGAAGGGAACAUGACUCUGAUUGAGCGAGACCCAGGCGUGAAAGUGAUGGGCAUAUAUGACAUCAGCAGGGUCAUCCAAGAGGCAAUUGGAUGGGAGCUUCCGAACAACGUGCCAUAUCAGGCAAAGGCAAACCUCAUUACUCAAUUCACCAAACUUUGGGUUGUUCCGUCUGAGCGCUGUCUUGCUGGUGUCAAUAAUGUGCUUGACCAAGUCGUCGACACGCUCAUAAGCACCCACUUUGGACGCUUCAAGGUUCUCGAGGAAUAUUUUGGCAAUUUGAUUCGAAUUCAGGUUGACAUCUGCAGGGCGCGUGCCAAAGACGCCGUCAAAACAGCGUUGGAUCUGGAAACUAUUCCACACUAUACUCAGAACACGCACUAUCUUCAGACACUCCGCGAAAAAUGGCUGGCUCAUUAUAAGACAGUUCGGAGUAGACCUGCUCUGUACAUGGCACCUAUACGAGCGGAACCUAAGUCGCCCAACAUCUACGAAGCUCCAUCACGGCCAGUUGCUGAAGGCAAAUGUGACGAUUCACCAUCUUUUGGGAAUACGAUCUCAUUCUGUAGUCUUGAUAAGCCAAAGGUCAAGUUUGGGGCGUCCGAAAACAAAGAGAAGGCCGAGACGCCCAAAGCCAAAGCUUUGAGGGCUCUUGCGGAAGCGGGAUAUGCGGGUCUUCAGGUUUCGGAUCUCGCACGAUUGUUACCUCCCGACUCAUUCGAGGAAGAGUUGGUUGUGAUGGCUGACGUUCGAGCUUACUUUCACAUUGCUUAUAAGCGUAUCAUCGACCAUAUUCCUUUCACGAUCGAGCAUGCUCUUCAUCAUGCCCUAGCAAAACAACUUUCGCAGAGCCUUCUCACGAGCUUACUGACUGAUGCCGCAUCUGGAUCCAACUUCUCCGAGCGUAUGAAGGAGUUGGUCAGCGAAGAUGCUUCCAUUGCUCAGAGACGCCUAAUGCUCUCGACAAGAAAAGAGCGCCUAUUGAACAUUCGCCGGAGACUCAUGACCUUCAGUAAUAGUACUUGAUCAUUGCGAGGCGUCACGACGUAUACUUUCAUGCCAAUAUAAAUAUUCUUUACCUCCUGUCGGCAAUUGGUGUUGUUGUUGCUGUAUUGUACUGUUAUAUUUCAUACUUGCGAACAAAGUAGUCUGAUUCUCUACUCGUAUCAGUGCAUUUCUUGUGAUAAAAAGAAGAGGCUUUGAGGUGUGCGCGUCGACCAGAUUUGUG